AUGGCUGUCAAAGAAGCGGUGUUUCAAGAGGCAUUUCAAACAUACGAUGAAGCCAGUAAAGGCAGCCUCUGCUGUGCCAGUAAGGAUGGGACAGCCAGCAAACAAGACGGUAUUGCGGCGGUCGACCAGGCGAUUGUUGUGAGCGAUCGUGCCUGCAUUUCUCGACAUGGGGCCGAUGAACGCCACGCGCGCGGCCGCGUCCAUGAGGAUUGCUUCGAGCUGCUUUGA